AUGGGCAUCCUCUCAUUUGUAGAAGACCGGCCCACGCCAAAGGAAGUGUACAACUGGCGUGUAUAUCUUCUUGCCGCUGUCGCUUCUUGUACUUCUUGUAUGAUUGGAUACGAUAGCGCUUUCAUCGGCACAACAAUCUCUCUUCCUUCCUUCAAGUCAGAAUUUGGCUUUUAUUCAAUGACUACUUCUCACCUGAGCCUCAUUAGUGAAAAUAUCGUCUCCAUAUACCAAGCAGGUGCUUUCUUCGGCUCCUUGUUCGCUUAUCCGAUUGGCUUCUACUGGGGCCGAAAAAUGGGACUAUGGAUCGCUGGCCUGAUCUUUGUCUUGGGCGCUGGUAUGAUGCUAGGCGCAAAUGGGGGACGAGGCUUAGCUCUGAUCUAUGCUGGUCGUGUUUUGGCUGGGUUGGCCGUUGGUAUGGGCUCCAAUAUGGCCCCUAUGUAUAUUUCGGAACUGGCACCCCCUGCCAUUCGAGGUCGACUGGUCGGUUUUUAUGAAAUGGGCUGGCAAAUUGGAGGGUUGGUCGGGUUUUGGAUUUGUGACGGCGUUGAAAAUACCCUUCCCUCCAGUACGAAACAGUGGAUCAUUCCCUUCGCUGUGCAACUCAUCCCCGGAGGGCUGUUUCUCAUUGGUCUUUUCUUCGUCCGAGAGUCGCCUCGUUGGCUUCUUUCCCGUGGUCGUCGGGCAGAAGGUAUUAAGAACCUCUGCUGGAUGCGUCAACUCGAGGAACAUGAUAUCUAUAUCCUGGAAGAAAUUCGAAUGAUUGAUCAAACCCUGGAGGAGCAAUCAGCCGGGGCAGGUAGCGGAUUUUGGAGCCCAUUUCAGGUUGCCGCGUCUGAUAGAAAGAUCAUAUAUCGUCUGUUCUUGGGCAGCAUGUUGUUCUUCUGGCAGAAUGGAUCUGGGAUCAACGCAAUCAACUACUAUAGUCCCACCGUCUUCAAGAGUCUUGGUGUGGAGGGCACCGAUACCGAUCUAUUCACAACGGGCCUGUUUGGAGUCGUGAAAACUGUCGGAACGUGCAUCUGGAUUCUUUUCUUGAUUGAAUGGGUUGGUCGACGACGUCUACUCAUGAUUGGUGCUGCGGGAAGCUCGGUCUGUCUUUGGAUUGUGGGAGCUUAUAUUCAGGCUGCCGACCCUGCAAAGAACAGCUCAGGAAAGAUGACUAGUGGCGGCAUUGCUGCCAUCUUCUUCUUCUACCUUUCUACUGCUUUCUAUACUCCAACCUGGAAUGGAACCCCAUGGGUUAUCAAUUCUGAAAUGUUCGAAACAAGUGUGAGACCUCUCUCUCAAACGAGUGCGGCCUGCUCUAACUGGCUUUGGACUUUUCUUAUCUCUCGUUUCACAGACCAGAUGUUCGCGGCGAUGGGAGCUGGAGUCUGGUUCUUCUUUGCUGCGUUAAUGUUGUGCUCCAUCUUCUUUGUUUUCUUCCUCAUACCGGAGACCAAGAGUAUUCCACUGGAGAGGAUGAACCAUCUUUUCGAUUACAAGCCCGUGUGGACUGCGCAUGGCAAAAUUCUUGCCGAUCUCCUGGAUGAAGAGCAACAAUUCCGCCAAGAGCUAGGAGUGUCGGACGAAAAGAACCAAGUUACUCAGGUGGAACAAGCGACAUUGGAGCCGGUCUAG